UGAGAGGAUAUCUGACAAACGCAUGCAGUAAGCGAGUUGAACAUUUAGUUGUGAAAUAGAAACUCAACAAGAGUGAACCUAUUCUACCAAAUAAUCACAAGAUAGUCGCUCUGAUCCGUAGGUUAUCAAUUGGUGACACUUAUAGUGGUAUAUCGUUCAGUGUAACUGUGAUAUGAGUUCGUUGAUUUGUUUGUGUUUGCGAGCACUUAACCUCAAAGUUUUAAAGUGAUGGCGGUCAAGUCGGUUUGAUCGUUGGCAGGUCGUACAUCUGUUGCUGGAUUUUCAAGUUGGUGCAUGACGAAGACAAGUGGUUUUGUUAGGUGUACAAUGAGAAAUUGAGUCAUUUUGAGUUUAUCGGAAAUGCACGUGAUUAUUGUGCUAUCGGCAAACGUGUAUAAGUGUUAGUUUAGAAUUGUUCUCGAAUUGGAGGUUGGAUAUCUAAUUGUUUACAUGGUGUUGCAGCGAUGAGCUGAAAUGAUGCAGAAUUGCGCAUUCGCCUUCCUGGUCUUGGUGUUUGCGUUCAGACUCGUAAAAUCCGAAGAAACAUACCUCUCUGAAAUAGAAUUCGAAUUUACGCAACCAACUUACAAUGUCAGCAUACCAGAGAACAGUGUCGCGAAAACCUACGCAACUCAGGCCCCAGGGUCCAAUCGUAUGGGGAUCUUCGUGCGGCCCCAUACGUUCACCGACGUCCGCUACAAAAUCGUCGAGGGGGACAAGGACAAGUUCUUCAAGGCGGAGGAUCGUUUAGUGGGUGAUUUCUGUUUCUUGUUCAUUCGGACUAGGACAGGUAACAACGAUGUGCUAAACCGCGAACGGAAAGAUCGGUUUGUCUUGAAAGUGCGCGCCACUGCCGCGAUCAGAGAGGGAAAACAAAAGGUGCAGUACGAAUCGGACACUUCCGUCUUGGUGACAGUGCUCGACACGAACGAUCUCAACCCCCUAUUCUAUCCUACCGAAUACAACACGACCGUCUACGAGGAUACGCCCAUACAUCAAAGUAUACUUAGAGUAGUUGCCGAGGAUGCCGAUCUCGGUAGGAACGGUGAAAUUUAUUACAGCUUUCUGGAAGAAACCGACAAAUUUGCGAUUCAUCCGAUGUCUGGUGUUAUUUCUCUCAGCAGACCAUUAAGAUACAACGAGGGGACCUACUACGAGCUGACCGUGCUGGCACAAGACAGAGGGGGUUUCCACAGACAGGGAUCCAUUGGGAUGCUCAGCCGGGCAAAGGUCAGGGUGCGAGUUAAAAAAGUGAAUUUUCAUUCUCCGGAGAUACGCAUCAGGAGACACCCCGAGAUCGUGGAGAAUUCAAACGCCGACAUCUACGCCAUCGUUAACGUGUCAGACAAGGACAGCGGGAUUCACGGGGAAAUCCGCAGCUUAGAGAUAGUGGACGGCGACCCAGACGGCCACUUUCGCAUCCGGCCGACCAAACAGAAAGGCGAAUUCAAUAUAGAAGUCUUGAAGCUGUUAGAUAGAGAGAGCACACCGCAGGGAUAUAAACUGCAACUGCGUGCAGUGGAUCGUGGAAUUCCGCCGAAACAGAGUUACAAAUCUGUCCCGGUCCAAUUAACGGAUUUGAAUGAUAACGCUCCGGUGUUCAACAAGGAGAUAUACGACGUCAAAGUGCCAGAAACAGCGCCCGUUAACACCGCACUAAUAAGGCUGAAAGUAACCGAUGCCGACGAAGGAAAAAACGCUCAGGUGUUUCUGGAAAUCGUCGGCGGCAACGAGGGCGGAGAGUUCACGAUCAACCCCGAGACGGGCAUGCUCUACACCGCCGUGCUUUUAGACGCUGAAAGUAAGCAAUUUUAUAGCCUCACCGUCUCGGCGAUAGACCAAGGGAACGCGGGCACUCGAAAACAAUCAUCGGCCAAGGUGAAGAUUUACGUCGAAGACACCAACGAUAACGACCCUAUAUUCGAUAGAUCGGAGCAAAUCUUGUGGAUUGACGAAAAUAUGCCGGCAGGAACCUCGGUAACCACCGUUCACGCCAGAGAUAAGGACCGCGGCGAGAACGCUUACAUAUCUUAUCAUAUUGCGAAUUUGAACAAGGUCCCGUUCGAAAUCGACCACUUCUCAGGGGCGAUAAAAACGACAGCGCUGCUCGACUACGAGAGCAUGCGGCGGAAAUACGUCCUUAGAUUGCGAGCUUCCGAUUGGGGCAUGCCGUACAGGAGGCAAACGGAGAUGCAAUUAACGGUCAAAGUGAAGGAUAUCAACGAUAACCGGCCGCAAUUCGAAAAGAUCGACUGCUUCGGCCACGUUUCCCGAUACGCAGCGAUAGGUUCCGAGAUCAUAACGCUGUCGGCGAUCGAUUUCGACGCUGGAAACAUCAUAAGUUACAGGAUCGUGUCCGGGAACGAAGACGAUUGUUUCAGGAUCGAUUCGACGUCCGGCACAAUAACGGUGAGCUGCGAUCUGAGUGACGUCCGGGCUGCCGAACGGGAAAUAAACGUCACGGCGACUGACGGCACUCAUUUCGCCGAUAUAACCAGCGUCAGAUUCAAGCUGGUUAAUACGAAGAGAAACGUCGGUCAGAAUGGCGGGAUACUGAAGGACGACACAGGUGCCUUUGACUGUAAAGAUACGGGAGUAGCGAGACGACUGACAGAGAUUAUUUCGGCCGCAGAGAACAAUAACAAGCAGCCAGUCGAGGAGCAAUUCGCCAUGAUGCCGUCGAGAUACGGCCAGAACGUUCACACGCCAGAGUUCACACAUUUUCCCGUGGAAAUUAAAGUGAACGAGUCCGUACCCCUCGGCACCGUCCUCGUCAAGCUCAAGGCCCAGGACAGAGAUUUGGGUUAUAACGGAAAACUGAUAUACGGCAUUUCUGGCGGGGAUAAGUAUUCUCAAUUCUGCCUGGAUAUGGAGACCGCCGAGCUUAAGGUAAUCGGGCAUUUGGACCGGGAACGGGAAAGCCUUUAUUUCCUCAACGUAACGGUAUACGACUUGGGUAAACCCCAGAAAUCCGCGUCCAGGAUACUGCCGAUAACCGUGUUGGAUGUCAACGACAACGCGCCCAAAUUCGAGAAAUCCCUGGCCAGUUUUCGCGUGACUGAGAACGCCUUGAACGGCACCGCCAUCUUCAGAGCUAACGCGACUGAUGCGGAUUCGGGCGACAAUGCCAAAGUGACGUAUUCGUUGGCAACGGAUACUAAGGACUUCACGGUAGAUAAAAUAACGGGGGUGCUGACGGUUUCCAAUAAUCUGGACAGGGAGAGGCAGGAUCUUUACGAGCUGCGAAUAAGAGCCACUGAUGGGGGAGGCAAGGGUCCAGAUAAUCCUGCGUUGUAUUCGGAAGCUAUGGUGCGGAUAUCCAUAGACGACAUUAAUGAUAAUGCCCCGAAAUUCAGCCUGUCCAGCUACAACGUUAAGAUCCGAGAGGAUGUGCCGAAGGGCAGCGUCGUCGCCGUCGUCAUGGCCUCCGAUCCAGACCUGGGGGCCGAAGGAGAAGUCAUCUACAGCCUGGAAGACACGGACAGCGACGGCACCUUCAAGAUAGACAAAUUAUCGGGCACCAUCCGGACCACCAAGCUUUUGGACUACGAGGAGCGGCAAGUUCACAGCCUGGUGGUGUUCGCGAACGACAAAGGAAAUCCUUCUUUGUCGUCCGAAACUAGUGUGACGAUAAAUGUGGUUGACGUGAACGAGAAUGUGCACACGCCUCAAUUCGGUGACGCGGUGAUCGAGGGAAAAGUGAAAGAAAACCUACCGGUCGGCACAUUUGUGAUGCAAGUGAACGCUUCGGAUGCCGAUCUACCGGGUGGUGAUAGCAGCAUCGAGUAUUCCAUAAGGGGAGGCGACGGAAUAGGAAUCUUCUCCAUUGAUAAUCAAGGAAACAUCAAGACACUAGCAGUGUUGGAUGUGGAAACAAAACCUCAUUAUUGGCUCACUGUUUUCGCUCAAGAUAGAGGAGUUGUUCCAUUGUUCUCCAGUGUAGAAAUAUACAUCGAGGUGGAAAACGAAAACGACAAUCUGCCUUUGAGCGAGGAACCGGUCUACUACCCUUCGAUCUUGGAAGACAGCCCUGCGGGCACCACUGUGAUUCAGAUCCGUGCGACGGACCGUGACAAGGACCCCAACCAGAGAAUCACCUACAAGAUCACGUCCGGAAACCCGGAAGGCUUCUUUGCUAUCGACUCCGACACAGGUCUCAUUACCACUACGUCCAGAAGACUGGAUCGGGAAACGCAGGACGAGCAUGUUUUGGAGAUUUCUAUCAACGAUAAUGGUGAGCCGCCACUGACGUCAACGACAAGAGUUGUUGUCAAAGUCGAGGACAUAAACGAUAACACUCCCGAAUUCGAACAAAUUUCGUACAACGUCCAAAUACCAGCGAAUGCAAACUUUCACGAGCCGAUGUUUCAAAACGAUGGUGCAGACGAGUUUGAGGGUGCAGAUUUCGCCAACGACGACGAUUUGUGGGAAACGUUCGGCCCUGCUGAUCUGGCGGGUUUAGAGCGCAUAACGCGGGUGCUGGCUUACGACCGAGAUGAAGGACUCAACGCUCUGCUCCAUUACAGCAUCAAGUCCGGCAAGGGCAAAUCCAAGUUCAGGAUCGACAACUCCACAGGGAUGGUCUACGCUCAGAAGGGAUUCGAACCCGGACAAGUCUACGAGUUGAAUAUAAGAGCAACCGACAGCGGAAACGUUUCUCGUCAAAGCACAUGUAAAGUCACCAUCACUGUCGUUCCUGUACCAUCAAAGUCGAAACAUCCUCCAGUCGUAAAACAACCAGCUCCAGUUAAAUUGACAGAAGGUGAUGAAAUAGGAUUCCUGGUGUCGCUCAUAUCUGCCACAGAUCAGGACAAUGACACUCUGUGGUACAAUAUUGUCGGUGGGGAUCCCCGAAACGAAUUCUUCAUCGGGCGUGACCUGGGCAACGUCCUACUGGCCCGAAAAUUAGAUCACGAGGUGGAGGACCACUACACCCUGAAUAUCAGCGUGAGCGAUUCCGUGAACACGGUCUACGAGCUGCUCAACGUGUCUGUGAUCGAUAUAAACGACCACCGUCCAGAAUUCUCCGAGAGUCUGUAUCAGGUGGACAUAUCGGAGGCUGUACCGCCGACCACCGAGAUCCUGAAGUUGAAAGCGACAGACAAAGACGCUGGGAGCAAGCUCAUCUACAGUUUGUACUCGGCGAGGAAUGCAAUCUCCCUGCAGACCUUCAAGAUCGACUCGAUAAGCGGGGUGAUAUAUCUUGCCUCCAACUUGGACAGGGAAUCCUUAGCCGAACACCUCUUCACAGUAAUGGUCCGCGAUGGUGGAACUCCAGCUAAAAGGAACUUUGCAAGAGUACGAGUGGUUGUACACGACCACAAUGACCACGCUCCACACUUUUCCGAGCAGAUUUUGGUGGGAAAAGUCUUCGAAUCGGCUCCAAUUGGUAGUGUUGUCUUGAGAGCCCUGGCUGCAGAUCACGACAAAGGAGACAAUGCCCGAAUCACUUACUCCAUCGUGUCCGGCAACAUCGGAAACAUGUUCAACAUCCAUCCCGACCUUGGGAUCAUCACCGUAGCUAGAGAACUUGACAUGACAUCCGUCAACGAGUACAUGCUUCGCAUCAAAGCGACAGACCAUGGACAGCCAUCUUUGUCCUCCACUGUUCCGGCUCAUAUACUCCUCACAAUGGCCGACAAUGCUCCACCGAGAUUCUCGAGGAAAGACAUAGCGGCUGAGAUAUACGAGGACCAACCCCUUGGUAGCUACGUUGCCCAUUUGACUGCUAGAAGCACGUCGUCGCUUCAAUACGAAAUCUUGGAGGGAAACACUGGAAAUGCUUUCUUGAUCAGUCCGAGCACUGGGGUCAUCACGACUCAAACUUAUUUGGAUUAUGAAAGUGUGAAAUUGUAUAAUCUCACUAUAGUAGCGGUGAAUAUGGCCUCCGCUUCCGCCACCUGCAACGUCAUAAUACACAUACUGGACAAGAACGACAAUGCCCCGCAAUUUGUGCAGGCGAACUAUUCGGGUGUUAUCAGUGAAUCAGCCGCAAUCAGUUCCCUUAUUCUCACCAGAACCAGCGAGCCCUUAGUUAUCAAGGCCAUAGACGCGGAUUCCGAAAUUAACGCGCUGCUUCAUUACGACAUCGUCGAAAUACUGCCGAGGCGCUAUUUCCAGAUCGAUUCCAACACCGGAGCAAUCAGGACGAUAAAAUUAUUGGAUUACGAAACACACCGGAGCUUUUCGUUCCACGUUCAAGUGUCAGAUCUUGGCAAUCCGAAGCUCUCCUCCGAGACCACGGCGAGGGUCGACAUCGAGGUCACCGACGUUAACGACUCCCCGCCCAGGUUCGUGCAGCCAGUGUACAACGUCACCCUUCUCCUCCCCACCUACAAGGGGGUGUCGGUGUUGCAAGUCAACGCCACAGAUCCCGACAGUCCUGGCAUCUCCAAACUGAGAUACGACAUCAUAGAAGGCAACAAAAUCGGAGUUUUCGGCAUCGAUUCCCAAACGGGCCACGUCGUGGUGCUCCAACCCAACAACAUGAAGCCUUUGUACGUUCUACACGUCCGCGUAUCCGACGGUAAGUUCUCCAAGGUCGCUAAGGUCUUCGUGAAGGUCGAGGAGUCCGACAGCUCCGGCCUGGUGUUCCAGAGGGAGCUCUACGAAGGCUCCAUCAUAGAAAACUCCACGAAGAUAACCAACGUGUGCGUGGUCAACGUUUUGGGGACCGCUUUAAACGAACACGUCGAGUUCCGUAUAUUGAAUCCCACCGAUAUGUUCUCGAUAGGGUAUACUUCCGGUGUGAUCCGGACUACCGGAAAACGGUUCGAUCGGGAGGUUCGGGAUAGCUACGAGCUAAUCGUGGAGGCGAGGAGUGUAAACAUCGACAGGGAAAAACCGAGGGUGGCCCAUGUGAUUGUUAAAGUUGCGAUUGUGGACAUUAACGACAACUGCCCGAUGUUCGUGAACUUGCCUUAUUAUGCAGUCGUUUCUGUUGACGACAAGAAGGGUAGCGUCAUAACGAAGGUCCACGCCAUUGAUUUGGACGCCGCAGAGAAUGGAGAGGUCAGAUAUGAGCUGAUCAAGGGUCACGGUGAACUGUUCAAAGUUCAAAGGGAGAGCGGAGAUAUCGAAAUUAAGCAGAGUCUGGAGGGACACAAUAAGGAGUAUGAACUGUUGAUUGCCGCCUAUGACAAGGGUAUAACCCCAUGCAGAACAGACGUAACGGUUCACGUAAAAGUGAUAGAUCGAUCGAUGCCAGUUUUCAAGAAGCAGUUCUACUCAGAGAGCAUACCCGAAAAUGUGGAACUGCACUCACCAUUAUCCCUUUCGAUAGUGGCCGAGUCACCAUUAUCGAGAAAACUCAUUUAUAGCAUCGUCAAAGGCAACGAUUUGGAAGAGUUUGCACUUGAUUUCAAUACAGCUCCCGACAGUAACAAUGGCCCCUGUGUAAUUUCUGUUGUCGACGAACUCGACUACGAAGAACAAAACCAGUACGAGCUUACAAUUAGGGCAACGGACUCUGUAUCAGGGGUUUACGCAGAAGUGCCAGUAUCCAUUGCGAUCCUAGACGUGAACGAUUGUCCUCCUGAAUUCGUCCAAGAAAGCUACAAUGUAUCAGUACCAGAAACUACUCAAUUUGGAUAUCCUAUUCUCACGGUUCUAGCGAAAGAUAACGACACUGGUGUCAAUCAGAAAGUUAUGUAUUCGAUACAGAAAGAUGGCAACAACUCUACAGAUCUGUUCUACAUCGACGAAAACGAAGGAAUAAUAUUUUUGAAGCAAUCUUUGGAUCAUGAAUCGGCGAGCUCGCAUCAUUUUGUGGUCGUUGCUACAGAUCAAGGAAACCCAAGCUUGUCUACUACUGCUCACGUCUGGCUGACUGUGACUGACAUCAACGACAACCCUCCAAAAUUCGAACAAACCUCCUACACUUGUGGACUAUCCAUAAACGCAAAAAGGGACCAAUUUGUAACAAUAGUCAAAGCUAGUGAUCCUGAUAUAGUCGACCAAGAUAACCUCCGUUAUACACUUGUAUCUGGUAAUGACCAACAAACAUUCAGUAUGAAUCCAAACACAGGAAUUAUAACUCUAACCAAUCUAGCAAAUUUUGGAAAUCAGCCUAUGGUCACUCUCAACAUUUCUGUAUCAGAUGGAGUCUACAAUAAUUUUGCGAGAGUAAAAAUCGAGGUGUUACCAGCUAAUAUGUACGCUCCAGAAUUCAAAGAUAUUAUCGUUGAUGUUCAAGUGCCGGAAAAUAUGCCUGCAGGUCAUUUAGUUGCCGUUGUUAAGGCUACGGACAAGGACAGUGGACCUUUUGGUACAAUCCUCUAUUCCAUACAUUCAGAGCUGCUCAGUACCAAGUUCAGCAUCGAUAAAAACAAUGGCAGAAUAGUAACUAGAAAAAGAUUGAAUCGAGAAGAACAAACAGUUUAUGAAAUACCCAUCAUGGCAACUGAUGGAGGUGGAAAAUCAGGCUUCUUCACUGUGAGAGUGAGAGUUACGGACGAAAAUGACAAUGCUCCCAAAUUCGUAUUGAAAGAGUACAAAGCAAGUAUUUACUUCAAUCACAGUGUCUCAGUUCCUAUAAUUAGAGUCAAAGCAUUGGAUUUGGAUGAAGGUAUUUCAGCUGAGAUCGAAUAUUCUAUAUACGAGGAAAAAACAUCAGAGGUCAUGGAUAUAUUCAAGGUUAAUGCAAAAAGCGGUGAUCUGUACCUCAGCAAGAUAACUCCAAAAUCAGCUGGUCAAGUUUUUCAAUUCUUUAUAAGAGCAAAGGAUAAAGGUAAACCCGAAAAACACUCAGACGUUCCUGUCAACAUAUUGAUCAUGGGUGUGAAUGAUCGUCUUCCAGUAUUCGAAAGAAGCGAUGCUAAGUUCUUCCUUUCAGAAAAUUCUGCAACAGGUACAAUUAUAACCAAACUCAAAAUGUUAUCUAACGUAACCGUAACAUACAAAAUCCUGUCAGACAAUGACGAUAAUCCUCAAUUUAUGAUCGAUAAUGAAGGACAGAUUUCGUUGGCUAGGCCAUUGAAUUUCGAAACUCAAAAUUCUCAUUCGAUCGGAGUAAUAGCAUUGACCGAUUCGAGUCCUCCAAUUUCUGCAUUAACUGAAGUAACUCUCAAAGUUUUGGAUGAAAAUGAUCAUGCUCCUCAGUUUGAAAGUAGUACUUACAUCUUGUACCUAGCUGAAAAUACCGAAGAGGGUAGCUCAAUAAUGAAAGUAAUGGCACACGAUGAGGACCAAGGAAGCAACGGUGAAGUUCGAUAUGCCCUAACAUCAGAUUCGGGAGAUAUGAUCAAUAUAUUCGCCAUAGAUCCGCAUACAGGGUGGAUCACAACAAUGGUGGAAUUUGACAAAGAAGUGAAAUCAGAGUACAAGUUCCAUGUUACAGCUACUGAUAAUGGUACACCGAAACAAUCAGCUAGAUCGACUGUUAUCAUAAGACUGAAGGACUAUAAUGAUAGUCCAACACUUUUCAAGAAACCACUGUACGAGGCUUCAAUCAGAGAAAAUGCUUUACCUGGAACUGUUCUUCUGACGCUAGAGACUACUGAUGCAGAUAUCGAUUUAUCAACGAAAGUUGAAUUCUACAUCACAUCUGGGGAUCCAAGUUCUCAAUUCCAGAUUCGUCAGACUGGUCAGUUGUUUGUCGCUAAAAAAUUGGACAGAGAAACAACCCCCAGCUAUGACCUAGAAGUACUAGUUACUGAUGGGUUAUACACAGAUAUCACAAGAAUAGCCAUCACAGUUCUUGAUGUUAAUGAUAACCCACCCUACUGCCUGAGGUACAGAUACAGACAAGUGCUGUCUGAAGGAAUAUUGCCUGGAUCUUUCGUUCUAUCCGUUCUGGCAAAUGAUAUAGAUGGUCCAGAAAACUCUAAACUACGCUAUAUUUUAACAGGUGAAGGAUCUGAAAAUUUCGUUAUGGACAAAGAGAACGGACAUCUGAAAACAUCAACUACAUUAGACAGGGAAACUAGAUCAAAGUAUACUUUAACUGCACACAUACAUGACAAAGACCAUCCAUCUUGGGAAUGUACAUCACAAAUCGAACUGAUGAUAUCUGAUCUCAACGACAAUUUCCCUCUGUUCACUGUACCACAUUAUUCUGUAGCUCUUCCAGAGGACGUUGAAGUUGGAACUUUGGUAACUAAAGUACACGCAACUGAUGCUGACAUUGGUAUUAAUAGAAAGAUCAGAUACGCUUUCAUCGAUUCCUUCAACAAUCAUUUCAAAAUGGAAUCUGAUAGUGGCAUAGUUACUUUAGCGAAGCCUUUAGAUCGAGAGUUGAGAGCUAUGUAUAAUUUAACAGUUCAAGCAGUCGAUCAAGGCUCUCCCCAAUUGUCGAGUAUCACCACAUUGAUAGUCAAUGUACAAGAUAUCAAUGACAAUCCACCAGAAUUCUCUAAUAAAUACUAUUUCGCUACGGUUCCAGAAAUUGACGCAGUUGGUACUGAAGUUGUUCGAGUGCUAGCCACUUCUAAAGAUACUGGCGUGAAUGCUGAUGUCUAUUAUAGUAUCAUUGGCGGUAAUGAACAUAAGAAGUUCUCGAUUCCUAAUAACAGAACUGGUGUCAUUACAAUAGCUGAAAUGCUAGACUAUGAAAGAGCUAAGGAUUAUUUCUUAACAAUUCAAGCAGUGGAUGGAGGGGAACCUCCAUUGAGUAACGUAGCCACUGUUAAUAUAAGUAUCAUUGAUUGUAAUGACAAUGCGCCAGUUUUCAAUCAGAUUUCGUAUAAUGCUCAAAUAAAGGAAGAUGCUCAAGUUGGUGAAGUAGUUGUGCAGGUUCUUGCAACAGAUUUAGAUAGCGACAAAAAUGGAAAAGUAACUUAUUCCAUUAUUGGCGGGGAUACUCAAGAACAAUUCGCAAUAGAUCCAGAUACUGGUCUGAUAUCAAUUGCAGAUUCUUUGGAUAGAGAAAUUAUUUCCAACUAUUCAUUAGAUAUUCUUGCCAGAGAUAAUGGAUUACCUACACUGUCAAGACAAACUGUUGUUUACAUUGAUAUACUAGAUGCCAAUGACAAUCCACCACUUUUCUCACAGGCCAAUUAUACAGCUGUAGUCCAAGAAGAUAAACCAAUUGGUCACAAAAUACUGAAAUUUGAGAUAACUGAUAUUGAUAUUCCACCAAAUACAGUACCAUAUACUUUCGAUUUCCGAAGUGGCAACGAAGAAAACAUAUUCAGAUUGCAAGAUUCACAUUUAUUGACAGCUACCAAAUUCAAUCAUAAGAUUCGGGAAAGAUAUCUCCUACAAAUCAGGGUAUUCGACAAUGGAAGUCCCCCUCUUUACUCUGAUGCUUGGGUUGUAGUGAAGGUUAUAGAAGAAUCGCAGUAUCCACCGAUAAUAACACCUUUGGAAAUUAAUAUCAACUCUUUCCUCGAUGAGUAUCCUGGAGGAAUCAUAGGAAAAGUUCACGCUAUAGAUCAGGAUAACUAUGACACUCUAACCUACUUCUUAUCUCCAACAACUGGUAUAUCAUAUCCAGCACAUGAACUAUUCGAAAUAAAUCGUACAGAUGGUACUUUAACAGCCUUACCCCGAUUAGAUGUAGGAGAAUAUAGAUUGAAUGUUUCUGUUACUGAUGGAAAAUUCUUCAGUCACACAAUCGUUAAAAUCAAUGUAGAAAUCAUAUCAGAUGACAUGUUGGAAAAUUCAGUUGCUAUUAGGUUCAGAUCGAUUUCCCCUGAAUCAUUCAUACUGAGCCACAAAAAAGGUUUUGUUAGAGUAGUGAGAAGUGCUCUAAAUUGCCGACUCAAAGACGUUGUCAUAAUCAGUGUCCAAUCAUCAGAUGAUGACAAUUUGAGGAGUAAGAGGCAAGUUAGUCGAGAUUUGGAUGUUCUUUUCACUGUGCGAAAACCAGACGGAUCUUAUUUCAGCUCAGACAAUAUUAGGAAGGCUUUGAGUGAUAACUUGGAAGAGCUUGAAGAAAGUACCAAACUGAUUGUGGAAGAGAUUAUAAGACUGAAAUGUAGUAAUACAUACUGUGUGUUUGGAGUAUGUCAGGAUCAUUAUGUUUUGAAGCCCACUGAAAUCGAACCAGUUGCCACAGAUGUGAUCAGUUUCGUCUCUCCACGCCAUCAGCAGAAAUUUGAAUGUAAUUGUAAAGAAGGCUAUGGUGGGGAGAGAUGUAACUCUAUAGUGAACGAAUGUGCUAAAGAACCUUGUCCACCAUAUAAAAUAUGCGUUCCUGAUGCAUCAGAUAUUGGAUUCACAUGUCAAUGUCCUGAGGGAUAUGCUGGAAAGAACUGCGACGUUGAUAUUUCCGAAUGCCACAAUCAAAACUGUUAUGUUGCAAGAAAUCCAAUUUCAUUCACUGGAAAAAGUUAUUCCCAAUAUCAUAUAAUAAAUAAGAAAUCUAUUGAAGAUCAAUUGAGUCUUAGCUUAAGGAUAAGAACAGUGCAGCCUACAGGAAAUUUGAUGUAUUCUGCUGGAAAAGUUGAUUACAAUAUUUUAGAGGUUAUGAAUGGAAUAGUUCAAUAUAGGUUUGAGUUGGGAAGUGGUGAAGGCAUGGUCAGGGUCACAACAAUUUAUAUUUCCGAUGGAAAAUGGCACGAAGUCAAGCUCGAAAGGGAAAAGAACAGUGCAAGAAUCACCAUAGAUGGUAUUCAUACAGCCCAAGGAUCUGCCCCUGGAAGCAGCGAUGUGCUCAACUUGCAAAACGAUGAGCUAUAUCUUGGAGCCGAAGUGCACCUACAUCCAUCGAUACUAGGUUUUGAAGAUAUUCAAAGAGGAUUCACAGGUUGUAUGGAUGACAUCAGAAUUUCCAGAAUAUCCGUUCCCUUACACAAAUCCGGCGAUAACUCCAUAGCCGUGUUGAAAAGAUUCGCUAAUGUUGAAUUCAGUUGUGAUGCCAGUGCUGUCCUCCAGCCACCUGGUCCAUGUGGUUCCCAACCCUGCUUGAAUGGUGGUACUUGCGUGGAAACUUUGAACGGUUUCGAAUGUGAAUGUCAUACAAGAUUUUCUGGUGCCCUCUGUGAUAUUGAUGCCGAUCCUUGUGUUUCUGCACCUUGCCUUUAUGGUGGUAAAUGUAUGUUGAAUGCUGCUGGAGACUACGACUGUGAAUGCGCCCAUGGUCUCUCUGGAAAAAGAUGCGAAUACGGCAGAUUCUGCACCCCAAAUCCGUGCAAGCAUAUGGGUGUUUGCGAGGAAGGUGAUAAAGGUCCUCUCUGCAAGUGUCGUGCAUAUGCUGGUGAACUGUGCGAAUUUGAUCUGAACGAAUGUGAAUCUAAUCCGUGCCAAAAUGGUGCAACUUGUAUAAAUGAAGUCGGCUCCUUCCGAUGCAACUGUUUGCCUAACACUACAGGAAUAUAUUGUGGACAACUUCUUUCUGGAGGCUCCUUAUUACACUUCAAUUUUACACGCGAAGAACUCAUUGGAAUCUUCGGUGGAAUACUAAUCAUCUUCAUGAUCAUUGUCGUUAUUGUUUGCGUCUCUUGCAGACAGUUCCACGUGAAAAGAUCGAGAAGAAAACGCAACAUGAUCAACAAUGAGAACCUGAAAGAUCAUAUCGUCCUCAACUCGACCAGACCUCAUGAACUGACGGAAUUUAAGAGAGGUUCGAAGUUGAGCAACUUGGAGGUCAACCAGAGAGAAAUACCCUUGUGCUCCCAGCGGCCUGUCUCUUACACUCCUAGCUCUAACGACCCGAUUUACAAUACGAAUACAGCCUUAGUUCUCAAUAAUUUAGAUACUCUUAGAAGCUACGGUUCGGCUGGAGAUGAACUGGAGACUGUACCGCCAGAUUACGUUCGUAAUUUGAAUAGAAAAACCCUGAGUAACACUGCCAGUAAUCACUGUGAUUCCGAAAAAGCUAAAUGGGCCGAUCAGAUGCAUCUCUCUUCUACCUUGAAUGAUAAAACGAAAAUCAAAAAUGAAUACAAGGUGUCGAGCCCUGUUAACUGUGAUCCUCCAAAUCGAUUGUAUGGAGGCAGAGGAAGCAAUGUUAACACAAUGAAAUCAAACGGACCCAUAUGUCCAUCCGAGGAUGAUCAGCGAUCUGUUGGAAGCUAUCAUUGGGAUUGUUCAGAUUGGGCCAGACAUAGCCAGACGCUGCCUAACAUAACCGAAGUUCCGGGCAGCGAGAUCCCGGAUUCUUCGAGCUUUCAUAGUAACGAAAGUAAUGAAUCGCGAUGUCAUCAUCCUUCGGUGAUGGGUCCGCAUGAUUACCAUCGUGGAAUUGGUACGUUGAACGAAGACAUCGAGUCUGAGUAUCUCCAAGAUAGCGAUGUAGAUCAGCGUACUAACCUCAACGUACUCGAUAGUGGAAAUGAGGAAUAUCCUUUCACCACAGUGCCUUUAAUCGUUAAGCCAACAGAUAGCUAUAUACGUCAUCCGAAUUCAUAUCUACCAGCCCAUGGAUACAAUAUACCAAGUGAGCCUGAGAUUGAAUGCCUACAUAGUCCUGGAGCUGAAUCUGACGAUGUUGAACCUUAUGGUUUCCCUAGUAUUAGAAAUAGAAGGAAAAUCUGCGAUUAUGACUCGAAUUCUGUGAUCACAACUUUAGAAGAAAGAAAUUCCUUACUCGGUGGAGGUUUUGGAAGUGGAAGUGACUUAUCGACCAAUGUUUGUGAAAUCGAAGAUUCAGAAUGCGAAGGAGAACACAAACCUCUGAACUACCACUCUAGCGUUCAACAGACUUCAGUUUGACACGUGCUGAAGCCGAAAAACGGCUCUAAACCUCGUCAAUCUGGAUAGCAAAGAGAAAUUAUUAUUGUACCAAUGGACUAUGUAUAAUUUGAAUGACGUACCAUAGCUUCUCUGUGUCCCUUAUGUAUCAAUUCUCCAACAGAAUUCACUACGACUUUACCCAGUGAAAUUGAAAAUCAUCAUGAAUAAUUUUAUCAGAUACUUAGCAUAUCACAUACUCUUCAGUUGGAUUCAGAUAAAGUAAAAUAGGUUGAAAUAUUUUUUUAUACGAUAACAAAAGUUAUAAUGUGUAAAACAAUUUGUAUAAUUUCGUUAAUUAUUCAUUUUAAGUAUAUUAAGUGACACUUAAUUUCACCAAGUUCCUGGCUUCAGAUUGAAAGCCUUUUUUUUUCGAUGAAUCAAGUUUUGGUUCUAUACUGUGCAGCUCAAAUGGCACUGAAAAUUUUACAUCUGACGCAGUUAUUUCAUUUCUCGAAUAAUUUUUAUGUAGAUUUUAAUUUACAACCGUUUAGAUGUGUUCAUUACAUAGGUAUUUUCUGCAUUUAGGAUUAAAAUGUGCCUAACAAAUUGAAUUUAUAAAAAAAAAAUGAUAGUUGAACGCGGCAGCUCGUAUAUAUGUUACAGUAGAAUUUUCGACCACUGAACCUAUCAUUCCUCUCUUAUACAUCCUUCGAAAUAUAUCAAAAUUGCAUUUUAUGCAUUUCUCAUAACCAGUUGUAGUAUAUGUUUGUGUGCAGAACUGUUUCAUUAUUCCAGAGAAGUUCAUUCCAACUAAUAUGAUUAUUUUGAUUGAUGUCGUUGAUUUUACUGUAAAAUGAUAUCUAGAAUUAAGUUCAUAUUAUUUAUGCAAGUGAUAUGUAAUUCAUAAGUUUUUAUAUUCUCAGUUUUAUUUGUGUCGUAAAUUGAAAUUGUUGAGUAUCAAAUUUGCCAUUGAUAGGUGAUCAUUGAUUUAUUGCCAUUGAAGACUAGAUUAUGUAAUUUUUUAAAUAAACUAUAAAUAAUUGAA